AUGGAAGCCCCAGGAUGGCGCGUUUUUGGAACGCGUCAGGAGAUCGCGUUUGCGAAGGAUGGCUCGGGAAGGAAUAGGAGAGGGGGGAUGAGAUGGUGGGAAAGUGGCGGGAGGCCCUGUUUUCCGUGGCGAGAGGCGGCGCUGGAGAAGCGCGCGGUGGCGCUGAGGCACCUCGUGGAGCCCCUUUCCGCGUUCCGCCCCUUUCCCCGUUUCGCCCCUUUCCCCGUUCCGCCCCUUUCCCCGUUCCGCCCCUUUCCCCAUGACAGAAGUCUUGUGAGAGGCGACGUGGCGGACUGGCCCUUUUCCCCGUUUCCCCCCCCACACCCUCCCCCGCUUCCUCUCCCCGCGCGUUCUCCCCACCCCUUUCCGCCCCCCUUCCGCUCUCCCCUCAUCUCCCUGCGAUUUCCUCCUACUCCCCGCGUUCACCCCUCUUCCCGCGCACCCACCUCUCUUCCCCGUUUCCCCUCCCCCCCACCUGACCCCCUCCUCUCCCCCCCGACCCCCCCACCCCAACACACAGUCUGGCUCACCUCUCAUCCCCUCCCCACACCAUGCCUCCCCUCCUCCCUCACUCGCUCUUCAUCCCUCCCUCUAUCCACCCUGCGUUCUCCUCGUUCCCCCCGCCCUCCCCUCGUCUUUCCCCUCACUCACCCCUCAUUUCUCCCCACCAUUCACCCUUAUUACCUCCCCGUUCCCCUCGCCCUCCCCUCGUCUUUCUACUCACUCACCCCUCAUUUCUCCCCACCCAUUCACCCUUAUUACCUCCCCUCUCUCCCUCCCACCCCCUCACGAUCCAUCUGUCAUUCCCCCUCCGCUCACCCCUCGUCUCCCCCCACGUACCUCCGUCUUCCACCCCUCAUCUCCUUGCUCUUCUCCAACCUCUCUCUGCUCACGCCCCACACUCCCCUCAACCCCCUUCCCACGUAA